CCGCCUAAAAUCGAAAAAUUGCCGCCGAUUAUUACGCGAAGCGUAAUUUUGGCAGGGAGCAGUGUAAUUUUGCGUUAAUCGACAUCGAGACUGACCAAAACGCGCGUUAACCUUGAUUCGCGAUUACAGCAAUCAAAAUUAUGUCACGACGAGGUUACAUGACAAGCGCUAUCGAUUUUUAGACAGCGCGAUGUCGGUUCCCGGCAGACUUUUUUUUUGAAAUAAACGCGGGCUCUAAUUAUACCUUGCACUUUACCGCCAAAUUAUUGUGCCGGGCUAACGAUGGCGUCGCUACGGGAGAAACGAGCGGCCAGGUGGUAUUUUGGCGGUAUGGCGUCGGCGGGCGCCGCGUGCUGCACCCACCCCCUGGAUUUGUUGAAGGUGCUUCUGCAGACGCAACAGGAGGGAAAAACUUCUCUCGUUAAACUAACCGUCAACAUAGUACGCAAACAGGGCAUCCUAGCUCUGUAUAACGGCCUUUCCGCGUCCCUGUGCCGUCAGCUGACGUACUCGACGACCCGUUUCGGGAUUUACGAGGUAGUCAAGCAAAAUUAUAAAACCGACUCGUUCGGUACGAAAGUUUUGGUGGCCGGGAUGGCGGGCGCGGCCGGAGGCUUCGUCGGCACGCCCGCGGACAUGGUCAACGUGCGGAUGCAAAACGAUAUCAAGUUGCCAUUGGAGAAACGGCGAAACUACAAGCACGCCAUAGACGGAUUGUUCAGGGUGUUCAAGGACGAGGGAAUCGCAAAACUGUUUUCGGGCGCGACAAUGGCGACGUCCAGGGCCGUAUUGAUGACGAUCGGGCAGCUGUCGUUCUACGACCAAAUCAAACUAAUACUGUUGAAAACCGGAUACUUCGGCGAUAAUCUGUCUACGCAUUUUCUUUCCAGCCUUUCCGCGGGCGCUAUCGCCACGUCCCUAACUCAACCGCUGGACGUGUUGAAAACGAGGUCGAUGAACGCCAGACCUGGCGAGUUCGCCAGCCUCUGGUCUCUGGUGGUUUACACUGCUCGAUUGGGUCCGUUGGGUUUUUUUAAGGGAUACUUGCCGGCGUUCGUCCGAUUGGCUCCCCAAACGAUACUCACCUUUGUUUUUUUGGAGCAGCUGAGGUUGAACUUUGGUUUUCUACCCCACGCCGUCCCCGAAGUAGCUUAAAUUAGAUCGAUGUUUGCCGUGUUUGCUUCACAACGAAGCUAGAUAAUUGAAAAAGGAUAUUAUAUUUAUUUUUAAACUAUUGAGUUUUCUAGGGGCAACUGAACUAACCGGAAUUUGGGCUAGAUUGGUAAUAAUUUCGUUUAAUUGUAAGCGAUUGACGACAUUUCAACGGAAUGUCAAAAGUGGCGUUAACGAUGAUGCUUCAUGUAGGUACAAUUUACGAGGUUGCAUAAUUGUUUAGGGCUUUAUUUUGGAAUGCGUUGACCUGUGUUCACCUGCAAUCGACAAUACUCUACACGACUGUUGUUAACCGUGCUCAACAAUGUAUAAAUGUUUUUUUAGGUUAAGUUUAUUUUAUUUUGCGCAUACAGGGUGAUCGUUAUGAAAUUGCAACGUUGGAAGUCUAAAAACUCUAUUUGUUAUCGUUUAAUCAUUCCUUUUUUGUACGUGUUUGUUAACAUUUUUAUUGGUAUUACUUUGAGUUGUUUAAAAAACACGCUCUGUAUGUGACCCCGUCUGACGCGGAAACAAAUGCGAAAUAAAUAUUUUUGGAAUCUGGCGUCCGCGUUUUGCAACU